UUUAUCAAGUUUUCUAUACUAAUGAGUAAAAGAAAGAUUGAAGAUACUAUUAGCGAUGACGAUGAAGAUAGUGAUGUUCAAUUGGAAGAAAAGUUGCAAUUGAGACUUUAUGUUCCCAAGAAUGCCAAUCUUGAUAUUUCGUCUCUUAGCCAAUAUCAUGAUCAGCAUGGAGAAGCGAAACCUGACUUUAUAUCACACAUCUUUGGCAAAGAAGACUAUACAUAUCUGCCCUUGAAGAAGGAUCAUCUUUCUCGCCCUCUGUGGAUUAGCCCAGAAGACGGUCAUAUCAUUCUUGAAGGAUUCUCUCCCAUUGCUGAGCAAGCUCAGGAUUUCCUUGUCGCCAUCAGUGAACCUGUGAGCAGACCGGCCCACAUUCAAGAGUACAAGUUGACACCGUAUUCACUGUAUGCUGCGGUGUCUGUCGGUUUGGAAACAGAAGAUAUUAUUGAAGUGCUCAACCGUUUAUCAAAAGUGCCCGUCCCAGAUUCCAUUACGCAAUUUAUCCGUCAAUGCACAUUAUCGUACGGGAAAGUCAAACUUGUAUUGAAACACAAUCGUUACUAUGUCGAGUCGUCCCAUCCAGAUACCUUGCAAAUGCUUUUGAAAGAUCAAGUCAUCUCUCAAGGACGUAUCGUACGAGACGAAAAUGAUCAGAUCAUCAGCGCCCCUGCCGGUGCGACCCAAUCGCUUCUGGUCAAUAGCAAACCAACCGGCAAAGAUUUGCCUAUUGCCGGUGUCAAGGACAAAACAGCCACCGAAACCGCCGAAGAAGAGCGUAAAAAGGAGGAAGAGAAACUCUUUGGUGCCAUUGUAGGCAUUGACAAAGAAGAUGAAGAAGAAGAUUACGCAGGCGAACAAGUACACUCAUUUGAAAUUGCCGCCGAUCACGUAGAAAAUAUCAAGAAACGUUGUAAUGACAUUGAUUAUCCCAUGCUUGAAGAAUACGAUUUCAGAAACGAUACCGUCAAUGCCAAUCUGGAAAUCGAUCUUAAACCCACCACAGUCAUUCGUCCUUAUCAAGAAAAGAGUUUAUCAAAAAUGUUUGGUAACGGACGCGCACGAUCUGGCAUUAUCGUGUUGCCUUGUGGUGCUGGCAAAACAUUGGUCGGCAUUACUGCCGCCUGUACCAUCAAGAAGAGUUGUCUCGUGCUGUGUACUUCUUCUGUAUCGGUCAUGCAGUGGAAACAACAGUUUCUUCAGUGGAGUAAUAUCAAAGAGAAUCAAAUUGCCGUAUUUACUUCGGAUUGCAAAGAAAGAUUUUCUGGCAAUUCCGGUAUCGUUAUAUCCACCUACUCCAUGGUGGCUAAUAAGCGAAAACGAUCGUACGACGCGCAAAAGAUGAUGGAAUUCUUGGAGUCUCGGGAAUGGGGUUUUUUACUGCUGGAUGAGGUGCACGUUGUGCCUGCCAAUAUGUUCCGUACCGUCGUCACUACCAUUGCCGCUCACGCCAAACUCGGCUUAACAGCGACUUUGGUGCGUGAAGAUGAAAAGAUUGAUGAUUUGAACUUUUUGAUUGGACCCAAACUGUAUGAAGCCAACUGGUUAGAUUUGGCCAAUCGUGGACAUAUUGCCAACGUUCAGUGUGCCGAAGUGUGGUGUCCCAUGACCCCCGAAUUUUACAAAGAAUAUCUGUACGAGAAUACACGAAAGCGAACGCUCCUGUAUGUCAUGAACCCUAAAAAAUUCCAAGCGUGUCAGUAUCUGAUCCAAUACCAUGAACGUCGCGGUGAUAAAAUUAUCGUGUUUUCCGACAAUGUUCAUGCGCUCGUGGAAUAUGCCAAGAAGCUCGGCAAACCUUAUAUCUACGGUGGUACCGGACAACAAGAACGUAUGCGUAUUCUUCAAAAUUUCCAGUACAAUCCCGCCGUCAAUACCAUUUUCCUUUCAAAAGUUGGUGAUACAAGUAUCGAUCUACCAGAAGCUACUUGCUUGAUUCAGAUUUCGUCGCACUAUGGCUCUCGACGUCAAGAAGCGCAGCGAUUAGGACGUAUUUUACGUGCAAAGAGACGUAAUGAUGAGGGUUUCAAUGCUUUCUUUUACUCGUUGGUGUCUCGGGAUACCCAAGAAAUGUAUUAUUCGACAAAGCGACAACAGUUUCUGAUCGAUCAAGGUUACGCUUUCAAAGUGAUUACCAACUUGGAAGGCAUGGAUAGCGAUCCAAAUUUGGUGUUUAGAACGCACCAGGAACAAAUGGACCUAUUGAAAUCGGUGCUGUUAACGAACGAAGCGGAUUUGAAGGACGAGUUGAUCGACGAUGUGGAUGAUGUCGGAAGAAUUACCGAUCGUCGUGUGGCUCAAAAGGGCCGUAAUGGUUUGGUGCGACGUUCCGUGACCACCAGCAAGACCUUGGCGGGUGGUGAUAAUAUGGCGUAUUUGGAAUAUGCACGUAAUUCUGGAGGUCAGUUUACCAGUCGAGGUCGUGGCAGUGGAUCCGGCGGCGGCAAAGAACAUCACGCUUUGUUUAAAAAGUACAUGGGUCGCAAGUAAAAAAGAAACGUCGGCCAGUGAAAGCACCGAUAAAAGAAAUCAAAAACUCGAUUUUUGUUGUAUAUAUUCGUUAUUUUUGGAAAGUAAAAGAAAAAUGCAAAACAACUGAAAGGGGAAUGAUAAUGUCAAUGUGAUGGGAUUGCAUUGAGCGAUGAUACAAUGAAUGACCUUGACUGCAACAAUCAAGGAAAAAAAGGCAGUGCGUUUUCCCAUUUGCGAUGCAUUUGUCAUAGCUCAAAUGGAAUUAACAAGCCGUACACCCGCUGUGCAAUGGAUGCCGCCUGCCACCGGAGGUCGCCCUCUUACAUUGAGCGACUUUCGUCAGA